AGAAUUACCUUUAUUUCUGCACUGGGGCUUAACAGGUAUUAUAGCUCGCUCCAUACGGCUCUUCUCUAAAGCAUCCCCAAGGCGUCAAAGCGAGAAAUGACUUCACAUCUGGUCUUAGUUUUUCUGCUCUUAAGUCCACUUGUUCUGGGAGUUUCCUCAUCGUCAGGUUUCGAGGUGAAUUUCAAGGGACCUCAGUUUAUAUCCUAUGAUCUCCGCUCCAAUCGCAUCACCGCCGAAACCAAUCAAAUUUCUUUGGAGUUCAAGACUUUCCAUCCUUCAGGGCUGCUGAUCUACAGCAGUGGGACCCAGGGAGACUUCAUUACACUGGAACUCAUUCAAGGCAAACUCCGGUUCGCAAUAGACCUCGGCAGUACUGCACGUACCGCAGGAAGACAUGAAGUCGUCAUGGGAGAUAGGCUCGCAGAUAACCGUUGGCACAUCAUCAAGCUGGAUCGGACUGGGACCACAAUCGUUUUGACGUUAGACUCAGUAGAACAGUCCACAACCACCCCAGGCUCUUUCGUUCGUCUUGACCUGGAUAAGUUUAUUUAUGUUGGAGGACUGGACAGGAGUGUGGCGGGAGAUUUCCACGGUUCACGGAACACGCCUAAUUUCAUUGGUUGUUUGAGGGAUGUCUACUUCGACUUUAUUGACAUUCUCUAUGGUGCACAGUACCAGUUGCUCUAUUACAGCACUCCAAGUGGACUGGGCUACGCAUGCGCACCUGAUGAUUACCAUCCCGUCGGAUUCCCAACAGUUGAAAGUCACCUCAGAGUGUCUGACUCGUCUCGUAACAACCUGACGUUUAGCCUGAGCUUUCGUACUUACACGGGGAAUGGGAUUAUCGCCUUUAGAAUAAGCCAACACUCCCGCGUGUAUGUAGGGCUGGCCAGCGGUACUCUAGUACUCGAGGUGAUCAUCAACAGCGAUCCUCCAAUCAAGAUCAGUGUAGGAGACAACCUUGAUGACGGCAUGUGGCAUGACGUCAGUUCCGGUGUCAAUCAAGGUGACCUGUGGCUCUUAUUGGAUGACAAACCGGAAGUACGCCAUUCUAACCCAAGACUUAAAGGGCUGGGUGAUUUCAGGACGCGAGUGUAUAUUGGUCGAGGUACGCAGAGGGCUGGGUUUGUUGGAUGUAUGCAGCAUAUCGUAAUAAAUGGUGUCAGAAUAAAGCCAAAAAAAUUGGGAUCUGGUUUAGUUGAUGCCAAACUCGAUCAAUGUAACAUCAAAUCGAUGUGUUACCCAAACCCUUGUUUGAACGGCGGCUCGUGUCAACAGUACGAAGGCAAGUACACGUGUGACUGUACAGGCAUCUUCUACCAAGGACAGCACUGCGAGAUUCCACUCUACCGGGCUACCUGUGCUGAGUACGAAGCACUAGGGAUAUCAGAGAAUUCUUAUUGUACUGUUGAUCCUGAUGGGAAAGGACCUCUUCACGCGUUUGAAGUGCUUUGUAACGUGACGUCAUCGAGAACAGUAUCAACGGUCAUCAUGCAUGACAAGCAGGCGACACAACUCGUGCCCGAAGGAACAAGUCCCUACAACGGCAACUACUUUCACCGCAUAACAUACCAAAACGCAGACCUAGUAAGCAUCAGAACUCUUAUAAGGAAAAGUACAAGCUGCCGACAGUACAUAAGCUUCAAUUGCUACAAAUCAAAGAUACUCAACGCUCCUGUAGGUCCAUCUAACGCACAGUGGGUGUCUAGUACUGGCGUACUGAAGAACUAUUGGGGAGGGGCUCCACCGAAUAAAGAUAUCUGUGCUUGUGGUGUGACGGGUACUUGUGAUAACCCCAUUAAUCUGUGCAACUGUGAUAUUGGAGACGACAAGUGGCGUGAAGAUGCAGGAUACCUUACGGACAAAAAUUCAUUGCCGGUCAGCAUGUUACAGUUCACAGAAGAAGCCUCCCAGUCAAUGUUCACUCUUGGUCCUCUGGAGUGCUUCGGAUCCAGUGGAAAAUCCACCCAUCACGCGUCGAGUGCCAACAUCGUGGCGUCUGCUUGCAGGCCUGUCAACCCUCCACCAACUCAGCCUCCACCUACCGAACCUCCGUUUAUCCCGACCGUGUGGGGGUCUGGGGGUAGUAAAGGUAGCCCACGGACUGAAAGACCCAUAAGUACUUAUAAAACUACUGGAAAGGUACCUGCUCUCACUCCUGUGAGUCCCCACCAUGGGGGUCACGUGACAGUAACCACUACGAUAUCUGGACACGACAACUCGACCUUAGUGAAAUCUGUGGUAAAGCACAAGAUUAAGAAUGGAUCUCAAAAUGGGGUGACAAUACACUCGUCUAUCUCGUCCGAAAAAGGUGGCGUGACCGUGCACUCUACGAUCUCAACCAAAGACAAAACCGCUACUCUUUCUCCAGUCGGUCCGCAGUCAAACGAGCCUCCGUCUCUCAUCACCUACAAGUGGCGAAACGAAAGCGUUGCGCAUGUCACUCGUGUCACCACGUACGAAUACAGCGAACAGUUCAUAAUCUUAGUCGUUGCAUCAAUCGUUGCGUUACUACUGCUCGUCAUCGUGGUCGUCCUCCUCUUACUAAGACGCACAGGCAGGACCUACGUCAGCUGUAUUAUGUGUCAGCGGUGUCGCAACAAGCGCAGUAUCCCAGACAUCGAAAUUUACCGCCAUUCUAUGAAUUCUGAGUCCCCGGAUGUACUUCAGUUGGAUGAUAUGCGUCCUAGUUCCAUGGAGCUCGGAGCUUACAAUAUGCGCAGUGGUAAGGCGGUCUACCAGAGUGUACAUCAGGGACGCGGAGGAACACUCAAAAAAUUUGUCUCUUUCUCGUCAUCUACGGCGCAGAUAUAAAAACACUUCUCAUUAGGUCUAACAAUACUAGCCUAGCAGCGUUGGCGAGCUGACCAGCCUGUAUGGUAUAAGAAACCUGAAUCAUGUGGUCAAACUACUGAAAAAGGACUUCGGAAGUUUUGAGUUUAGCAAGUUUGUCAAAUUAUAUUAUGAAAUGCGACGUCAAAGGAGCUCAAUUUG